UUCAAUUCCAAGUGUUGUUUACAUUUCUGCUUUAUUUUUUUUUUCUCUUAAUAAAAAGAAUUAUUUCAAGACUUCAUUUCUUUCUUUAGGUGAGAGAGAGAGAGAGAAUGAAUUAAUAAACUGAAACAUCAAGAAGGUCAUUUCUAAUUCACAGCCUAGAUGCCACUAAAAUUCCUAAUCCCUAUUCUUGUUUCUUGAAGUCUUUCUUGGUAGGGGAAGACAGCUAAGGAAGAAAGAAAAAUAUGAAGGGAAUUGUCAGUGAUUGUACUCUUGAAGGUUCUGAUAAGUUAAGCUUUUCUCACAAGAAAAGCCACGAAGAUGAUGAUUCUGAUGAAGAAGUUAACAAGAAAAAUUGUUGUAAGCAAAGAAAUGAAGAAAUUAUUAGUACAAGCAACAGCUCAGUUGAUGAAGAGAGUGAAAAGAAAGAAAAGGAUAGUGCUACAACGAGAUCUGUCCGGCAAUAUAUCCGGUCAAAGAUGCCUAGGCUCCGGUGGACGCCCGAUCUCCAUCUUUGCUUUGUUCAUGCAGUUGAAAGACUAGGAGGGCAAGAGAGGGCAACACCUAAGUUGGUUCUUCAAUUGAUGAACAUCAAAGGCCUUAGCAUAGCUCAUGUGAAAAGCCAUCUUCAGAUGUAUAGAAGCAAGAAGAUUGAUGAUGCUAAUCAAGGGCAACGGCUUUUAUUUGAAGGAGAUGAUCACAAUAUAUUCAACCUUAGCCAGCUUUCUAUGCUACAAGGUUUCAAUCAAAAGCCUAAUUUUACCAAUUUAAGAUAUAGAGAUGUUUCUUGGAGAGGUCAUGAACAUCACCAGAUUUACAAUCCAUAUAUGGGAGUAGGAGGAAACACACUCACUAGAAGCAAACAAGGAUUUUCAGACUCAGCCGUAGAUAAUAGAUUAAUUAAUCAUCAUUUUCCUUCUCUCAAUGGACAAAACUUCAUUAGUAAAAUUCAUCAAUCUUCUAAUGAGCUCAAGUCGUUUCACAGACCGAGCUCAUUAGAAUCGAGUAACUUGAUAUCCAAGUUACGAGAAAGAGGAAAAGAUCAAGAUCAAGAACGAGAACAAGAAGAUUGUUUCAAGAACGACACCUUACCAAUUCAAGGAAUGGAAAACAAUUUGCUGAAAAGGAAGAAUAAUUUUGAUUUGAAUUGUAAGUUGGACUUGAACUUGUCCUUGAAAGUAGCAAGAAAGGAAAAUAAUAGUAUGGAAGGAGAUGAAGUUGAUAGUAGUUUAUCUCUUUCUUUAUCUUCUUCUUCAUCUUCAAAGCUUAGUUGUGGGUUCAAAGAAGAGCAGGAUGAAAGUAAUAGGAAGGUUGCAAGAAGGGCAAGUACUCUAGAUCUGACUUUAUGAAUGAGACAAUAUUCUAAGUGAGAUCUUGAGGUACUUGUCUGAGAGCAAUGCUAGAUUAAUAUGAUCUUGUCAUGCACAUUGUACCAGAAACACCAGGUAAUUAAUUAUUAAUAUAUUUUUUAUCUUUAA